GGUUAAAGAAAGUCAGGGGGAGAAUGUCUAAAGGAACCGAUGGGCAGCAGAGGGACAGAGGAAAAACUUCGGGAGGCAGACUGAAGGAAAGGCUGGUUUAAAAAUACUCAGAGGCUAGAAAUAGACUUUGGACAAGGUAAUCGGUGGAAAAGAAGUUUGGAGCGCCUUUGUGAGCGAGCUGGAGGUUUGUUGGACACAACGUCAAAGUGCGGCGUAAAGAAGGAAAGGAACAACUUUGGAGAAGUUUGUUAUCUUUAGGGGAAACGAAACGGCUGAAUCUGCUUCGUCUUCUGCUCCCAGCUGUGGAUCAUAACAUUUUCAGCAUCUAUCCAAGUCAGAGCGGAACUCUGCGGAGAUGCUUUGAUUGAGUUCUGCUCCAGGACGACUGCUUUCCUUCUGAAGUCCAGUUUUCCAGCUGACCUGUUGGGAGACAUCAUGGCGAGCUGGAAAUGCUCUUUUUUAAUCCUCAGCGUCAUUUUUGCGCCUUGGAAGCCUGUCUGUGGCGGACAGCUGUCAGAUCUGGAAUUUGAACAGAGUCCCAGCACUGUCAUCUCUUCGCUGGGCAAACCGGUCUUAAUGCAUUGUCGGCUGAAGGGAACCGGAGGUGAGGAAGAGGACCCCCCAGAUGUGGUCUGGCUGAGAGACGGCGUUCCUCUUCAGUAUGCAGACACCAACCAAGUCCAGGUUCCCACCGGCAGUAACAGCUGGAUGGUCACAAGCACGCUCAGAAUUGAGAAGGUCCAGCUCCCUGACAUGGGCUCUUACAGAUGUGCUGUUCAGUCAGAAGGCAAUCGAACUUUAUCUGAGGAAGGUCGGAUCCAGCUGGAAGGCCUUCCUCAUUUCUCCAUGGAGCCUCAGCACAUGUCUAUAGUGGCCAACGUUUCCCUGAGUCUAAGAUGUGUGGCCCAUGGACCUCCAGAACCGGUCAGGGUCAUUUGGCUGCAGGAUUUGGCUCCACUGAACUCCUUGAAAGACCCCGUGGCCCUGUCCCCUUCAACACUCAACCUCACAGGUCUGAACAGAACCAGCACUUUCUCUUGUGAAGCUCAUAACCAGAAGGGUGUGGCCACCUCUGGGUCUGGAACCGUCACUGUUCUGCCAUCCCCACCUCGGAAUGUGAGAGCUGUGGAGAUCACCCAGACCGCGCUUCGUUUAUCAUGGCAGCCUGGUUUUGGAGGGGUCUACCCAAUAAUCCGCUGUUCUGUUCAGGCCAAACAGCUGGGAGAUUCCUUCCCGGCAGACUCGAAUAACUUGAUACAUAACCAGAAUGUAAACAUCCCACCAGCCACUCACCUCAUUCAGGACCUGAAGCCCCACACACUUUACUCCGUCAGGGUGGCCUGUGACAGCAGCCAGGGACCGUCUGACUGGUCGCCCUGGGUGGAGCUUCGCACCUUAGAAGGAGUGCCAGAGAACCCACCGGCCAACGUGACCGCCAGGCCUAACGGGACGGAGGUGUUUGUGACGUGGGAGGAGCCUCCGGGGAAGCUGAACGGGGAACUGCAGGGAUACAUGGUGGAAUACAGCACACCCUCCACCCAGCAGUUUGUUGUUGAUGCUGGACUGGACACAGAGUUUUCCAUCAAUUUGUCCAUCCCCCUGUCCAAUGUGUCUUUUCGAGUCUGCGCCUACACAGGGGCCGGUCAGGGACCCUGGACCCCCACACAGACUCUGAUCCUUAAUUCUCCCGAAACAGGGAGAUUCAGAGGUCUGUCAACUUCCCCAGCCUUUUCCUGGCACUUGUGGUACGUGGUGAUGGCCAUCACCGGCGCUGUGGCUCUCGCUGUGCUCCUAGCUGUUUACGUGGCCAAGCUGCGGCGCAAAGAGACACGCUUUGGGGAGGCAUUUGAGCCCAUGAUAGAGCGAGGGCAGCUGGUGGUUAGGUACCGUGCUCGCCAAAGCUACAGCCGCAGACCAUUAGAAGCAACAUUAAACAGCUUGGGCAUCAGCGAUGAGCUGAAACAGAAGCUCCAAGAUGUGAUGGUGGACAGACAUAAGCUCACUCUAGGAAAGACCCUGGGAGAAGGGGAGUUUGGCUCCGUGAUGGAGGGUCUGCUGAAUCAGGAGGAGGCUGUUCUCAAGGUUGCUGUCAAGACUAUGAAGAUUGCCAUCUGCACCCGCUCAGAGAUGGAAGACUUUCUGCGUGAAGCCGCCUGCAUGAAGGAGUUCGACCACCCCAACGUCAUGAGGCUUCUGGGUGUGUGCCUGCAGACGGUGGAGAGCGAAGGUUACCCGUCACCUGUGGUCAUCCUGCCAUAUAUGAAGCACGGUGAUCUGCACAGCUACCUGCUGUACUCCAGGCUGGGAGACUGUCCUGUGUACCUGCCAUCUCAGAUGCUGGUCAAGUUCAUGGCGGAUAUUGCCCGAGGGAUGGAGUACCUCAGCAGCAAGAAUUUCAUCCACAGAGACCUGGCUGCGCGCAACUGCAUGCUGAAUGAGAACAUGAACGUAUGUGUGGCCGACUUUGGCCUCUCCAAGAAGAUCUACAACGGUGACUACUACAGACAGGGGCGGAUCUCCAAGAUGCCUGUUAAAUGGAUCGCCAUUGAAAGCUUAGCAGACCGCGUCUACACCACGAAGAGUGAUGUGUGGUCAUUUGGAGUCACCAUGUGGGAAAUUGCCACACGAGGUCAGACGCCUUAUCCAGGGGUGGAAAACAGCGAGAUUUACGACUACUUGAGACAGGGGAACCGUCUCAAACAGCCUCCAGACUGUUUGGACUCCAUCUACUCUCUGAUGUUCUCUUGCUGGCUGCUGAGCCCCAAGGAUCGUCCAUCUUUUGAGACCCUGCACUGUGAGCUGGAAAAAGCCCUUGAGGAUCUGCCAGACCCUCAGGACCCCGAUGAGAUACUGUAUGUCAACAUGGAUGAGUCUCCCAUGGAGCUUGGAGCUGUUGGUGGUCGUGAUCCUACUGGAUCAUCACCUUUCUGCCUAAAAGGACUCGAAUCUGUGACCACUGUGGACGUCCACCAGACCAACCGAUACGUCCCCUUUCCGCAGCACGAAACCACCAGAACCCUCUGCGACUCUCUGGAGAGCCUGGACAUGCUGGUGUCGUCCUCCACAGCCACGUUGCCUCUACAGCCAUCCUGCCACACCACACCAGACCACACCCCUGCUCCCACUCCCACUUUUGAGCUGCUGGAUGACAGGGAAGUAACCAGGAGAAUGCCCUGGCAGUAACUGACCCACCAUUAAACAUUCGAGGGCGGGUCUCUGCCACAAUGUGCUGUUCCAGUCCAAAAGCCAGACUUCCCGCGGCCUCUGACUGCAAGAGACUUUGUGCUUCACCACACAUAUUUUGCACAAAUCUAUUACAGGUUUCAAGGAAGUGAAGGUGUAAGAUGAUUUUUCUCAUUAACCACCAUUUUCAUGAUGAGCAAGUUUCCAAGUGAGUUUGAAAUAGCUGGAUCUGCUUCAUCCUGCAGGAGACUUUGUCCUACCGUAGACUGUAGGUGAAGCUCACAGCUUUAUGCUGCAGAUCAAAUAUUUGCUGCGCAAUCAGACAAAUGAAUUUUAAACCAAUUUAACACCACAUUUCCGACUGCCGAGUGAAUCGGAAAACAAAAACCAAACCUCUUUGUGAAACCAGCUCUGACACUGCCAGACUGAACUGAUCACUCUCAGAUGGACAGCUCACUUUCAUUCAUUUGUUUUUUGAGUUUUAUUUUUAUUCUGUAAGGUAUUUUUAUAAUAUCUCUUUUAAAUAUAGUCACAGAUUUUAAGGCUUUUACACUGCCAUGGGUACUACCAGGUACACCAAACACCACCCUGCACAUUUUGUCAUGUUACAACCACAAACUUGAAAAACUGUUUUGGGAUUUUAUGAGAUAAACCAACACAAAGUAGUGCAGAACAUUAAAAACUUUAUAGUUUAAAAACUUUAAAUCCUCAGAACCAACCUGUGCUGCAGUUACAGCUGCAGGUCAUCUGGAGGUACAUCUUCACCAGAUCUAAAAACUGAAGUUAAUGCCCAUUCUGGGCCAUCUGACUGAUCAAGAUCAGAGAACAUCUGUGAAAAUCAAUGUUCAGGUUUUGCCACACAUCUCAAUUGGAUUCGAAUGGGACUUUAAUUGGGCCAUUCUAGCCCUAGUAUGUUUUGAUCUAACCAUUCCACUGUAGCUCUGGCUCUAUGUUAAGGAUUGUUCUCCUGCUGGAUGGUGAACAUCUGCAGCCUCUGGCAGAUUUUGCUUUAGGAUUUUCCAGUACUUAGCUCCAUCCAUCUUCCCAUCAACAGCUUCCAUGUCCUUCCUGAAGAAAGCAUUUCCAAGGCAUGAUGCUGCCACUGUGUAAACCAUGGUUUACAACUGGGAUGUUCAGCUUAGGCUGAUUGUUAUUUUUCUACCAUACAUAGUAUUUCCAUGUUGGCCAUGUUUACUGUGUCACCUAUGUGGUAAACUGCUAAUGGAAAUUCUUGUGGAUUUCUUUCAAUAGCGGCUUUCUUGUUGCCCUUCUUUCAUAAAAGGCACAUUUGCUGAGUGCAGGACUAACAGCUGUGUUUUCAUCAGGUGGAAAACCAUGCAUCUUUUUCCUCCCACUUCCCAAUUAUGUGCUUGGUGUUGGUCCCUUGCAUAAAAUCCCAAUUAAAUGCAUUACAGUUUGUGGUCAGUAUGCGACAAAAUGUUAAGAAAUGUCAAAAGGAAUAGAUCAAUUUACAAGGUACUGGAUUGAAAAGCUGAAUUUUGAAUGUGAUCCCAGUGCAGCCCUCCUUAUCUGGUCCAGAUGUUUUACUGUCAGUUCUGCACUGAGCCACUAAGGGAGCACGUGUCCUGAUCUACAUUUUGUUUCCAAAACUCAGGAACCAGAGAGUUUGAUCUAAGAGGUUGAGAGGUACAGCUGAAACAUCCAAGGAACAGAGAAGAUGUACACAUCAGUUGAGGGAUGAAGGGAUAAAAUCUUCAUUUUAGUUUUGGUGUCGAGCACAGUGUUAUUAUACAGAUUUCUUUUUAUAUUGAUGCUGAUUUUUGUAUUUGUACAAGUUUUGCACUAAGUAUUUUCAAUGGUUUUGUUCAGUUUAUUGCCGCCCUUAAGGAAAACUGUUGUCAUUAUUUGCAUUUUCAUGAUGCCUGGGAACACCACUGAGAGCCUUCAGGGUGGUCUGACAACGGGCAAAAACAUGAUGGGAUAUCUUGUUCUGGGAUAUCUCAAACUGUUGCACUGAGGAAGGGGAGGACACAGGACGUUCACCAGCGUUGCAACAUGUGUGCACUUAUAUUUUUAUGUAUGUAUAUAUACAGUGUGUGUGUGUAUAUAUAUAUAUAUAUAUAUAUAUAUAUAUAUAUAUAUAUAUAUAUAUAUAUAUAUAUAUAUAUAAUACGCGCCUUAGUCCUUUAUUAGAUCAUCAGAAUAGAUUUGGCUGUGUUCUGGCAUGUAUUGGGAGAAGAAAAAGCGCUGUGCUUCUUUCUAAGCAUCAAGGUACUUUUACAACCAUGUACAGUUGUAUUACAGAAUGUUAGUGAAGUUUGCUAUAUAUCUUUUUAUUUUUGGUUUUGUUUUUGCAUUACAUUUGGUACUGUUUAUUCAGUGUGAGAUUUAGCAAAAGGUGCUGAAACUGAGAUUCACUUCCUGUUUCAUUCCUGCAUAUAUGGAGCAUUUUUUAGGUCAAACCUCUUGCAGCAAUAACUGAAACCAUUUCUUCCUCAUUAUCCUCAUAUCAGCCUUAAAUGAAAGAAUUUCACAACUUUCCCAAGUGCCUUCAAAGAGCCAGUAUUUUUCAUUUUGAUGAAUAUUUGUGAUGUUCAUUUUUCUGAUGGUGUUUUUACAUUUAUAAGGAUUUUUGUACAAUAACAUCUUUGAUAUUGUCACUGUCAAUAUUUGUGAACCUUUUUUACAGUAUUUUUGCAUAAGAAAUGUACAAAUUCAAAAACACAUUCUCUUCCUGAGCUUUAAUCCUGACCGAUUUAUUCUCAUUUAUUUUAAAUGAUUGAUGAUGAUGUUAUCAAUGAGUUGCAAAGCUGGAUGCUGAAAAUAACACAACAGGAAGUAAUCAUGACAUGAGGUGACAUAUGCUCUGAAAUAAAAGCAUAAAAUGACA